UGUCUUCCCCACCCCGUGCCUGCAGGAAAAGCGUUCCGUCGACUCUCUCACGCCCAGACCAAGCCACUGGGAGGCAUCUGGUCUGACAUCUGCGAGAUGGUGGAAAGCACGGCCCCGAACGCCCCCCACAAAGCGGAGAAGACGGUGGUGGCCGACAACGAGGUCGAGACGGGGUCGCAGCGGGCCUACCGUCCGACCCGCUGGCAGAGUAACUUGACCAUCCUGAGCUGCUAUAUCGCCAACUUCAGCGAUGGGUUUCAGAACCAAUUGGCCAACCCCACCAAUGUCAUCUUCAAGAAACUGCUGGGGUCCGCCGGCUACCCCGCCGAAAUGAAGACCCGCAUCAGUAACUCGCUCCUCAUCGGGGCCAUCUUGGGCGUGGUGGUGUUGGGAUACGUCUCCGACAUGGCAUCCCGGCGGGCGGGCCUGCUCUUCACCUCGGGGCUGGUCACGAUCUCGACCCUGAUGGCCGCCCUGGCGCUGCAGGUGCACCCCUCCUACAACAUGCUCUGGUACUUUGUCAUCGUCCGGGGCAUCUGUGGCUUUGGCGUGGGGGGUGAAUACCCGCCCAGUGCCGCCGCCGGGUUGGAAGAGUCCGACGAUUUCAAACGCCGUGUUCGCGGCCCCGUGUUUGUGUCCUUCACCACUCUGAUGGCCACCACCGCGGGCCCCAUCCUGAUGAUCAUCUACCUGAUUUGCCUCAAGGCCACGGACAACAACCUCGCCGUCACCUUUCACGCCAUGUACUCCAUUGCCACCAUCCUGCCCGCCAUCAUCAUGGUGCUGCGAUUCUUCAUGACCGACUCGACCCUGUACCACAACUCCAACUUCAAGCGCCAGCGGAAACCCGCCCGCUUUUACUGGGUGCUGGUGAAGCGCUACUGGAAGCGCCUGUUCACCACCUCGCUGGCCUUUUUCCUGUACGACUUCAUCAACUUCCCCAACAGCAUCAUGUCGAGCUCCAUCAUCUCCUCGCUCGUCAAGGACGGUAACAUCCAAACCACCGCCAUCUGGCAGGUCAUCCUGGCCGUGCUCCCGGUGCCGGGCGUCAUCAUCGGGGCGUGGCUCACCAACGCCAUCGGCCGUCGGGGCACCGGUCUGGUAGGCUUCGGCGGAUACGUCGUCCUGGGCUUCAUUAUCGGCGGCACCUACGCCAAGCUCUCCAAACACAUCGCCGCGUUCGUGGUCCUGUACGGCCUGCUGCAAGCCUUUGGGCAUCUGGGCCCCGGCGCCACGAUCGGACUGAUCUCCACCGAGUCCUUCCCAACCGCCAUGCGCGGCAUGGGAUACAGUGUGGCCACGGCGUUUGGACGCACGGGCGCAGCAGUGGGCACGCAAUGCUUCACGCCGCUGCAGGACGCCGCGGGCGACAGCUCGACGUUCUAUCUGGCCGGCGGGGUGGCCAUCCUGGGGAUGAUCGUGUAUUGCUUCCUGCCGGAGAGCGGCAAGCUGGAUCUGAAGAAGGAGGAUCGCGAGCUGGAGGAGUACCUGGCUCUGCAUGGAUUUGCCAUGGAGAAGGAGUAUUAAAGGGGGAGAUGAGGGGUUGCGGAGGAUGGCAGUGGGUUGGGUGCUGGCUGAAAAAGAACUAUGAGAUAUGAUAAUGACGUCGCGAUAUAAUAGAUAAUCUCGC